GCCGCCCUAGCCCACCACCCAUUAUAAGCCGGGCGGGGCGCCGCGGAGCUGAGCCAUUCCCACACGGAGGUCGACUUCCCCUCGCCACGCAAAAGCCACCGCGGCCCCGCCCGUGCUUCCGUCUCGCACCUGCCGAUCUACUCCCCGGCGAGACGAGCGCCCCGGCGCGCCCCCAGGGAAUGCGGAGCGAUGAGGCGGCGCUCAGGCACUGACGUCGCCGGCCUGCGCAAGCUGCGCGGCGACCGAACCUGCCACCGCAAGCACGUUGAGGACGGGUAGACCCAUCCAUCCAUCCAUCCUUCCUUCCAUCUUCUAGUCGUCAUCGUCGUAGGGUAGUUUGCAGAUAGCUAGCUCGGUCGUUUCUAGUAAGGGAUCGAUCCAUCGAUCGAUCAGGCGGCAUGGGUGAGGGGGAGGCGGCGGAGGUGAAGGGCGGGGUGCUGCAGGGCCGCUACGAGCUGGGCCGCGUGCUGGGGCACGGCAACUUCGGGCGCGUCCACGCGGCGCGGGACCUGCGCACAGGGCGCGGCGUGGCGGUCAAGGUGCUCGUCAAGGACAAGGUGCUGCGCGCGGGCAUGAUGGAGCAGAUCAAGCGCGAGAUCGCCGUCAUGAAGCGCGUGUCCCACCCCAACAUCGUGGAGCUCCACGAGGUGAUGGCCACGCGCUCCAAGAUCUACCUCGCGCUCGAGCUCGUCCGCGGCGGGGAGCUCUUCGCGCGGAUCGUGCGCGCCGGCCGGGUCAAGGAGGACGUCGCGAGGCGCUACUUCCGCCAGCUCAUCUCCGCCGUCGACUUCUGCCACGCGCGCGGCGUGUACCACCGCGACCUCAAGCCGGAGAACCUCCUCAUCGACGAAGCGGGGAACCUCAAGGUCGUCGACUUCGGCCUCAGCGCGCUCGCCGACCACGCGCGCAGCGAUGGAUUGCUGCACACGCUCUGCGGGACGCCGGGGUACGUCGCGCCGGAGGUGUUCCGGAACAAGGGCUACGACGGCGCCAAGGCCGACAUCUGGUCGUGCGGCGUCAUCCUCUACGUUCUCCUCGCCGGGUCGCUGCCGUUCCCGGAGGACAACAUCGCCGCCAUGUUCAGGAAGAUGAGCCGCGGCGACUACCGGUGCCCGCCGUGGCUGUCCACCGAGGCGCGCAGGCUCAUCCCCAAGCUGCUCGACCCCAACCCCGACACCCGCAUCACCAUCGCCCAGAUCGUCGAGACGCCAUGGUUCAACAAGCCAUCCAUCGCCAAGCCCGUCAAAGCCUCCGCCGCCGCCGCCGCCGAGCCGCCGGCCGAGCCUGUCUGCUCCGUAAAGGACGGCGGCGACAAGGACGAGCCGCCGGAGACGCUGAACGCGUUCCACCUGAUUUCCCUCUCCGCGGGGUUCGACCUCUCGCCGCUGUUCGAUGUGGAAGGCGGUCCCGCGAGGUGCCAUAACCGGGAGGGCGGUAUGCGGUUCGCGACGCGGGAGUCCGCGAGCGGCGUCGUCUCCCGUCUCGAGGAGGUGGCGGCCCGCGGCGGCGGGCGGAUGCGGGUGACCAAGAGCGGCGCCCGCGGCGUGCGGCUCGAGGGCGCGGAGCGCGGGGGCCGCAAGGGCCGCCUAGCCGUGGCGGCCGACAUCUUCAGCUUAUCGCCGUCCGUGCUCGUGGUGGACGUCAAGAAGGACGGCGGCGACACGCUCGAGUACCGCUCCUUCUGCAGCGAGGAGCUCCGGCCAGCGCUCAAGGACAUCGUCUGGGCGGCCGACCCGCAGCCCGCCGCCACCGCCACCGCCGUCGUCGUGUGACGCCGUGCGACCGCCUGUGCCGCUCGUUCGUAGUGCCAUUGUUUGUUUAGUCAGUGUCAAUUCCAUUUCCAAGUGAUUGCGUCACUGUUCUCGAUUCGAUAAUGACGUGAGAUCUACUGUUUGUGGGGCGACAAGAAUCUGUAUCUCAAUCGCAGCCGAGCGGCGGCGCUCUCGGCAUAAUCGAGUUUGUUUUUGUGAUUGCUAUGCCUGAUCUGAAUAUUCCUUGUCAAUCUAGUCCAUUAUCCCUGCAUUA